AUACGUUUGAUAAAACUUUUUAUAAUAUCCUUUUCCACGAAAUAUUUAUUCAUUAAGAGGUACUUUUUGACAACAAAACGCACCGGGAAAUUGUGCCAUCGGCUGCUCAGUGUCCUGCAGACGAUAGGAUUAUUUGUACUCAUCGCAAUAUGGCAGAAAAAGACAUCGAGAAACUUUGCUUAAAGGAAAGGGUAGACCUUAGCGAUAAAAAAACAAGAACAAAGUGGUCUGCAGAUGAGGAAACGUGUCUUAUAUCUGCCGUGUUGGACAGGGAGGAUGUGCUGUUUGGGGAGUUCAAGGGUCCUGGGGGGAAGUCUGGCGUGGCUAAGAGGAGGCAGGGUUGGGAGGAGGUCGCAGAUGCUAUAAAUGCACAAUUUACCAGCAGCAAGAGGUCCCCAGAAGAGUGCAGAAAAAAGUACAACAAUGCUAAACAAAGGACCAAAGAGAAAAUCGAUUACCUGAAGAGAGAAGUCAGGAAGACAGGUGGGGGACAAGUGGAACUUGAAUUAACAGAGGCAGAAGAAGUGCUUCUUGAGCGACAAGAAGGAAGGCCAAGUCUUUUUGGUCUAGAAGAAGGGUUUGACAGUGAUGGUGAGAAAGCAAAAUCUAAUAUUUAA